GGGGGCGUGUCGGGGGCGGGACUCCGAGGCCUAGGUGGCGGCGGUGUACACGUCGAGCCCCGCAGAAGGCGAGGGGGCUCUGCGGAGUCUCGUGUCGGCGGCGGCGGCUCGGGGUUCGGAAAGGCAGGCUCUCGCGGCGGCGCCCGAUCUUCCUUCCGAGAAACUUCUGCUGACUCAGCUGGAAAAAUGGAUCAUCAUUCCCACCACAUGGGGAUGAGCUCCAUGGACCAUAACAGCACCACGCCGCCCUCUCACCAUCACACCACCACCUCGUCCUCACACCACGGCGGGGGGAACAUGAUGAUGCAAAUGACCUUCUACUUCGGCUAUAAGAAUGUGGAAAUAUUGUUUGCUGGCUUGGUAAUAAAUACACCUGGAGAAAUGGCUGGCGCUUUUGUGGCAGUGUUCUUACUCGCAAUGUACUAUGAAGGACUCAAGAUAGCCCGAGAGCGGCUGCUGCGCAAGUCUCAGGUCAGCAUCCGCUACAACUCCAUGCCUGUGCCCGGACCAAAUGGCACCAUCCUGAUGGAGACCCACAAAACGGUUGGGCAACAGAUGCUGAGCUUCCCUCACCUCCUGCAGACAGUGCUGCACAUCAUCCAGGUGGUCGUCAGCUACUUCCUCAUGCUCAUCUUCAUGACCUACAAUGGGUACCUCUGCAUCGCCGUGGCUGCGGGGGCCGGCACCGGCUACUUCCUCUUCAGCUGGAAGAAGGCCGUGGUCGUGGAUAUUACGGAACAUUGCCAUUAACGGCAGACCCCAUGGUGUGGCCUUCUUCGUUGCAGUGGGGAACAGUUCAAGACUGGAAGACGUAACUCCUCCGAUAUCUCCCAUUCUGCUCCGUGUCUUAAACACACACACGCAUACAGAGAGCUGUUCCAUAGAGGUUUAGCUUACGGUCUCUUAGCUAGAGUGAUCGUCCCCCUUACUGUUUUCUAAUGAGCUGGAAUUCCCCACUUUUCUCGAUGAAGCCACCCGUGAGACGUUCUUUCCUUCCCUUUUAGAUCCAAGUUCUUAUCUAAUCCAGGUAGCUUUCUAUUCAAUGACUUGAUCACCUACUUCCUUUUUUAUUGGUUUUAUUUUUAUUUUUUAAUAAAUGUGUGGAUCUGUUGGGACUAUUUUCCCUUGGGUUAACUUCAACCAGGAUUGAUCAUAGCUAAUGAAAAUUCUUGCCCAAUUAAACCAAGAACCCAAACUAAAUAGUAAUUUUCUUGGAAAAAACCACCUCGAGUCUUAGGACCCAGUGAGUGAGGAAUCCCCUGCGCCUUCCCUGGUGGGGUUUUCGAACUGAAAUCUUCCUCCUGUGCAAGCAGGUUUGGGGUGUGUGGAAGUUUGUGGUCUUGGGGGGCUGCCUCCUUAACUGUGAUCUACGCAGCCUUUUUUGAUUAGAAUAAAUUGAGAGAUAGAAAAAAGUUGACAAUCAAUUGAGCAAACUUUUUAAAAUAAAAUCAUUGGCAUUUUACUCUGACUUGGUACCUUGGUGUGUCACAGCUAACUGAAGCAGGAGUUUGGGGAGCUUCAUCUUCUUAUUCUGUCUUUGUUUCUAAGGUGUCUACUUCUAAAUUAGAGCUCUUCAGACUCGAGUGUGCACCUAGAAUUACCUAGAGGGUUUGUCGAGACACAAGUUAAUAGACCUCAAAUCUGUUGGCGUUUCUAGUAGGUGCCUGGUCAUGGGCAAGGAGAGGCCCUGCUUGAGACUAUUGGAGUGUCACGUGGUGUUGGCAUGGACAUUUGGAGUGGCCAGUGCUUCUCUCUGGACUUUAAAACCUACUUCUUCAGCAGUAGCUGGCAAAUACUUUAUUUUACACACACUCAGGUCCAACUCUAAACAUGUGGCCAAAUUUGCACGCGUGCAUGUACACACACACACACACACAACUGUAGCCAAAAUGACUGUAGGCAUGUGUGAAAUCACUAUUCUGUAUUUUUUUUUAAGAUUUGUGGUUUCUUGGGAGUCGUUGGAAAGUUGAGAGAGACCUUUGAUCUCGAUCAGCAGCAUGAAGGCAGCCAGUCACCAUUUAUUCUGCCCAGAAGGGCAAGGCCUCAGCUGGCCCUGCAGAGGCUUGGGGUGCAGCCUGCUGAUCACCAGCUUCUCCUUAGCCCCUGACAUCCAUGCCCACCCAGGGGAACCCUGGACCACCUUUGUUACUCUGGGGAGAUAAUUAAAUCGCAAGUGGCCAAGACCACCUUCUCCAUCAAGAAUCACAUUGGAGUUUUACUGUGUUCAGUUGUUAGUCACCACAGUCUUGAUCCCAGUCCAAACUACCUCUGUCAGGUGUCAAACCCUCCCCUCCUCGGUGCUAGACUCCCAAGUGUGCCUCAGGGCAGAGGAGACAAACCAACCCUGUUGGCCUUUGUUGUGGUUUCCAAGUUUGUGGGCGCCAGUUCUGUUGUGGAGAGCAAGGAACGCGGUGAGCCUGCUGGACUGAAGUGAAAACCUAAACCAGCAUUUUCCUCUCAUUCCAACCUCUCAGAGGUUCUUGAUGCUAACCAAGAACAGCGAAUGACAGGUACCGACACGAUUUCGACAUGAAGGUGUAACAUAGCCUGUUAUUACUUACUGUCUCAGAAGCCAAGGAAUAAUAAAAUCAGAAUUAAUAUUUAGUGACCCUGGUGCUCUCUAGAAAUCAUGGCAUGAACUGCUACAAAGUACCCUUUCUGGAACAGGACUGUAAGAAUAAAGAAUAAAAACAGAGUCCAGUUAGGCAAGUGUUAGGCUGAAACCCACUCAGUGUGGGGUCAGUUUUCAGAUUUUCACAGUCGCCUUAAUGAAAGGCUUGAGUUUCCAAGACUUGAAGAUGAAUGCCAGCAAGGAAGAAGUUUGUGAAGGAGCAAAGACCUAAACCUUAAAUACCAUCUCUCGUGAGCUCUGGGAUUAUUGUAUUAAUAUGAUCCCAUUGACCUUCAUAUCCAAUUCCCUGACCAUUCAAUGCCUAACUUCUUUGUUUUAGAUCCAAAUUUCUCUUUCUCCACUUCAUCUGUGAAAGCUUGUCCCAUUUCUUUGUUUUUCCUUUCUGCUCUCUUCCCAUGAAUCAACUUUGUCUCAGUCUCCCUAGUCCUGGGGUAGGGGACUUGGCCACGCAGUACAUAUUAUCAAUCAAAGUAAAACUUGGCCAGGACUUCAGCGUUCUUCAAGGAGCCAUUGUCCCCCUUACACGGUUCAAGUCCUGGGUGCUGUUUCCUGUGAGGUGGAGAACACAGUCCCUUGUGUCCACCACGAUGGCAAGAUUGGGAUUUCUUCACAACUUCUUAGGAGGGAUUUCUGGAAUUCCCGUAAGGCUGUGGGCACAGGUUUGAGUUCUAGCCACAAGGGUUCCUUAAUGGCACUGGGAGGUGUGGGGCCCAGGGGUACACAGCAUUUGGUUUUAAUUCUGCCCUCUCCAGCUGCUCCUUCCAAAAAGAAAUACCUAAAGAUACAAAAUCUGCUCAUUGAUACAAUGCCUUAAUCACUGGGUCUACAAUUCCCGUUGACUGUUUUAGAUUGUAAGCUCCCGGAGAGCAGUAUUGCUGUAGUAGAAAUGUUUUAACACUGUCAUGUGCUAAAGAACAAAAUAAAUAUUUUGAUUUUGUGA